AUGGCCCGGUGCGUGAUCUUUAACGAUUUCCGUGUCCUCUUUAACGCUUUCGCCAGCAACCCGCACGCGCUCGGAGGGCUCUACCUGGACUACUCCAUGCUCACCAUUAUUGAGGGCGAGAAUAUCCAGGGUGCGGCUGCAAUUGCCGCUAAACUCACUUCUCACCCCUUCCAGCUGUGCGCCCAUGCCAUCUCCACCGUCGAUUCCCAACCCUUAGGACAUCCUGGUGGUGUUCUUGUCUUCGUUAGCGGAUCCCUCCAACUUGGCGGCGAGCAACAUCCUCACAAGUUCAGCCAAGUAUCUCGUUUUUUACCCGUUUGUGGAUUCUAA